CAUCUCCUGGAGGGGAGGAGUUAGUGGAGCGAGAGAGGGGUCACAACAAAAUGUGUGUCCCCGACUGAAGCAGCAUUAUUUCCGCCCUGAUUCUGGUCCGUCCUGAGUUGAUCCGUGAGGAGGUUUAAAUGGACUCUAACACGAGUCUAGGCUUGCUGUUGUGACUGACAGCCACUGUGUCUACUCUCCGCCUGUCGCUCCUCACCGUCUGAACCGAAGCAGAGGAUGGAUGGAAACUUCACCCCGGCUACUAUCUUCUCAGUAGUCCUUUUAACUCUGGCGCUUUCAUCCUCUACAGCGGUCCUGGAGCCCUACGACCUUCUCUACAACGAUGCGGUGCAGGCGUUUUACAACAGCGACUAUGAGAACGUGGUGCGCUUCAUGGAGGGAGCGCUCAGCAGUUACACUGAGGUCCGGCGCACCAGAGUCCGGUGCCGGCUGAGGUGCCAGGACCAGCAUCCGUUUGGUGAGACGUUCACGGACCUGCGCUUCUUCGAUGUGGUCAUUCGGAGAGCAGCGUGUAUGAACGCAUGCAUCGAGGAGAAAGUCGGGCCGCAGUCUAUGCAUAAAGUCAGCGAGGAUGUAGUGCAGGACUUCCACAGGAGGAUCCCCUACAACUAUCUCCAACUGGCUUAUCAAAAGUUGAAGCAGCCUGACAAAGCAGCAGCGGCCGCUCACACAUAUUUCCAGGCCAACCCUGAGCAUGUGGAGAUGGGUCAGAACCUGGAGCAGUACAAAGACCUGCAAGGUGUUCAGGAGGAGAACUUUGUGGACCGAGAAGCUCGGCCGCACCAGCGCUCCUUCACAGCGGCGGUGAGGCUGUACGAUAGAGGCGACUACGAAGCAGCCAUCGCUCUCUUCAAGGAGGCUUUAGACGAGUACUAUAAAGCGGAUGUGGAGUGUCGGGCCCUGUGUCAGUGGCCGCAGAGGUUUGAGGGCCACGACCACCUUCGCUACCGAUACAGCCUGCAUGAACUGGUGUCAGAUCACUUCACCCAGGUGUUGCACUGUGAACACGAGUGUGUUCGAGACCUCGCCACCCGACCAGGCCGCCUCUCGCCCAUGGAAAACUACCUGCCUCUGCACUACGACUACCUGCAGUUUGCCUAUUACCAGGUGAACCAGCUGAAGGAAGCACUAGAGUGCGCUUUGACCUACCUGUUGUUCCACGAGGAAGAGGAGUUUGUUUCUGAAAACGUGGAUUACUACAGAGAGGAGCUAGGACACAACGGCAAGCCAAAAGAGAGAGCUGCGUGGUACUUAAGGAGACACAAACAGGAACUGGAGCUCCUUCUGAUUGGCAGUACAACCAUGGGUGUGGAAUUUACUGAGGGGAAUUAUUGGAGCAGUACAGGUCGAAGAGAUGACUCAAACAGGAUUCCCUCAGGAACUGACGGCUGGAUGGAGUAUGUUCCCAUUUCAGAGAAGAAAAACGUCAUUGUUGCUCCUCGACAACAGCUCAAAGAAGGAGGCCCCUUGGUGUACAACAGUGUGCAGCUGGUGCAGAACUCUGCGGCCUUGAACGGGACCCAGCGGGUGCUGCUGGAUCAUGUCAUAUCUGAAGAGGAGUGUUCAGACCUCAGACACUUGGCACAUGCUGUUACCAUGGCAGGAGAUGGUUACAGAGGAAGGAUGUCUCCACAUACUCCAAAUGAGAAGUUUGAGGGAGCCACUGUGCUCAAAACCCUGCAGUACGGCUACGAGGGCAGAGUGCCGAUGAGGAGUGCUCGUCUGUUUUACGAUAUCAGUGAGCGAGCGAGACGGAUCAUUGAGUCGUACUUCGUGCUGAACUCCACCCUGCACUUCUCCUACACACACCUGGUGUGUCGGACAGCCAUCACAGGUCAGCAGGAUCACAGGAACGACCUGAGCCAUCCAAUCCACGCUGACAACUGUCUGCUGGACCCCGAGGCCAAUGAGUGCUGGAAGGAGCCUCCAGCAUACACAUACAGAGACUACAGUGCACUGUUAUAUCUGAACGGAGAUUUUGAAGGAGGGGAGUUCAUAUUCACAGAGAUGGAUGCCAAAACAGUUACAGCAUCAGUAAAGCCAAAGUGUGGCAGGAUGGUGGGUUUCUCCUCAGGAGGGGAGAAUCCACACGGAGUGAAGGCCGUCACAAGUGGGCAGAGGUGUGCUGUGGCUCUCUGGUUCACACUGGACCCGCUCUUCAGAGAACUGGAGAGACUACAAGCGGACGAGGUGAUCCAGGCAUUGGACACACAGACAGUUUGGGGUCACGGCCUCAACAUCAACCCUAAAGAUGAACUAUAGAAGCAGACAAACACCCCAUCCCAACUCCUUCCAACAAAUCCUAUUAUAUAUUUUAAAUAUGUCUUGAACUGAGCUUUGGAUAAGAACAUUUCUAUUUUUGUACUGUUUGAAGUGCAAGGUUAUUAAUAUUGUCAUAUUUUAUUGUCAGCAGUGUGUUGUUGUUUAUCGUUUCAUGUUCAGUACUUGAGUUAUCCUUGUUCUUGUCUUUCCUUCCAGUGACAACUUCUAUUAUAGUGAGACAUCUAGUUCACGUCGUGUAGAUGUCUUUUGGGAGCAUAGACUAUAAGACUGCUCAUAUCUGUAAAUCUCACUUAACUGUGAAGACGCCAAAGAGAAGAACGGUGGCUGAAAAUGUUUUUUUUCUUGUUGUGCACAAAAUAUUCAAAAUAUACAGAGAUUAAAAAGUAGCUCAGUUUCAGAGGUCAGUAGUUGAUAUGAUCGCAUCAGAAAAUGGUACUUUUACUCUUCUAUUAUUCCAUCAUCUUAAACAUUACAUUAUUUAAUACUGUUUAUCAAUAACUGAGUGCCAGUAAUAAGUCCCUCAUGUAGGCAGUGCACUGUUUUCCUAAUCUGGGUAUCUCAUUUUUAAAUCAUACAAAGACGUAAAAGAGAGGGAUGUUCUAAUAUGCUGAAUAUUUAAUGACCAUGCACUCUAUCUUCCUCUGUGUGUCAAUCUGAAACUGUCUUUUCGUCCACCCUUCCCUUGUUGUUGUUGUUCUUGUUGGUCUUGUUGUUAUUGUUGUAUUUGUUGUUGAUGUGAUGAAUUGUUCCUGGGCACACAGAGCACAAUACUGGUUUAACUGUUCACUGACAUGAAAUCAUGAUGUAUGUGUUUAUUUUUAUUUAUGUGUUUUUAAUAACAGACAACCGUCUGCAUUAAUAAGAGGAGCUUUUAUUCAUAAAAGGUAUCAAUCGUUCCUGUUUAAAGGAAUAUCUAUUUGUUUGGUUUUGUAUGUCUUUAAUUUGUGUUGAUGAUACAGGUGAUAGGCCAAGUCGUGCACUGUAAAUCCAUCGUAGGUAAACAUACAGAGUAGCUUUUUUUUCUUACUUAGAUUCAACCUGCUAACCAGCAACGUAGUCCUGUUGUGUUUAUGAAGUUGGACACUUCUGUUUCACUGAUAUUUAAUUCUGAAAUGCUGUAGCACAAGAACAUGUAUUUAUACAUGCCUAUAAAUUAAAAAUAUAUUCCAUGUCUUUA